AUUGUCUUUUGGAAGCGCCGAUCUUCCCCCAUAGUAGGAUGAACAGGGUGCCGAGUCUAUACGCAGUACAUACUGCGAAUGAUUACAUCUCAGGGGGGACGGCCCUGUCCGCUCCUCCCCAUCAGGUGCACCCGGGGCUGGCAGCAACAUCCGGCUCGUUCUCGGAGAGAGGAGCCCGGCUUGUGGCAGUACGAAGGGAGCGGGGUCAGGGAAGCCUCCGCCGGCCAGCAGCACUAGUGCCGGCCUAGCAGCAAUGUGCAGGCCCUGACUGUACACGGAGGGUAGACGGGAAGGAGGCAGGGAGAGGACAUGGCGGGCAGCGGCAAAAAGAAGAAACAGGUGCGCUUCGCCCGGGCAGCAGAGCUGGAGGAGGCCGAAGAAGAAGAAGACGAGGACACGUUGUUUGAGAAGCGGCCGUUGGGGCUGAGAUCCGGGGAUGGCUUGGAAGAGGAGAGCGGUCGGAGGAAGGCCAUUGAGGAUGAAGUGCGGCUGGUGUCCGGCGGCAGGAGAGGGAAGAGAGGACAGAGCUGUGUGCUGGGGGAGCUGAGGUGCUGGGUGACGACCGUCAUGUGCGCUGCCUUCCUGGGGCUGGGAAUGGCCAUUGCGGUCCUGGGACCCACGUUUCCAGAUCUGGCUGAAAACGUGGAAAGCACAGUGUCUAACAUUUCCUACAUAUUUGUGGGCCGCUCAUUAGGAUAUCUUGGCGGGUCAGUUCUAGGCGGCAUCCUGUUUGAACGCGUGAACCAACACCUUCUUCUAGGGAUUUCCUUGCUGGCUACUGCUGCUGGUCUUUGUGUCAUACCGUGGUGUAAGAAGGCACUGGUUUUAACAGCUAUCAUGUUAGUUGUGGGAACGUCCAUGGGAUUUUUAGACACUGGUGGUAAUGUUGUCAUCUUGAAUACCUGGGGGGAUCAGUCUGGACCACACGUGCAAGCCUUGCAUUUUAGUUUUGCUUUAGGUGCAUUUGUAGCUCCGAUCUUGGCAAAAGUGUUACUGGAUUUUCUGCCCCUGGACAGCAUUCACUUUGAGGUUGCCACGGUGGGCAAUAAUGUUGUCAAGCCUUCUCUUGACCCUUUAGAUAUGCCACUGGGAAUAAAAAAGCCUCUGCUAUCUUAUAUUGUAAUUGGGACGUAUCUUUUGCUGGUGUCUUUAUUUUUAUUUUUUAUGUACAUAAAAAGUAGACCCAACCAGUCAGCAGAAAAGGGUCCUGAAGAAAAACCAUUAGUAGCCAAAUACCACAAUGCUCUUAUUUUUCUCCUCUUCUUGUUUUUUUUUGGCUAUGUUGGGGCGGAAGUUGCCUAUGGCUCUUAUAUAUUUACAUAUGCCACCUCCAUUGUCAAAAUGGAUCCCGACAAAGCAGCAGGACUAAAUUCUGUGUUUUGGGGGGUGUUUGCUGCUGUGCGGGGGCUGGCCAUCUGUUUUGCUACUUGCUUGUAUCCUGGCACUAUGCUGCUUCUUAGUGUGGUCGGCUGUACAUUGUCAUCCCUGUGUUUAGUUCUUUUUAGUACCAACCAUAUUGUACUUUGGAUUGCAAGUGGCCUCUAUGGAGCCUCAAUGGCUACCACCUUUCCCAGUGGAGUUUCCUGGAUGCAGCAGUACACAACUAUUAGCGGGACAUCUGCAUCAAUAUUUGUUGUUGGAGCAGCUCUUGGAGAGAUGGCUAUUCCUGCAUCUGUGGGUUAUCUUCAAGGAUUGUUUCCCGAAAUCCCUGUUCUGAUGUACACAACCCUACUUUCCUCCACCCUGACGGCCGUGCUCUUUCCAGUCAUGUACAAACUGGCUACUUCUCCACAAGAUAAAGCACGGUGGUAUGGAUCGGAGAAUGAAGACCGCAGGGCUUUACUUUCAGGCUCUGGAUUAGAGGAGGAGGAAGACGAUGAGGAUGCAAGACAUUGGAAUGAAGCUGACUUUGAAGCCAUUGAAAUGAGUGAGCAAAGGAUGAACUCUCCCACUGUGAUACAAGAAGCAACUCAUGAGGUGACCUCCAUUACAGAAGUCACCAGUCCGGCACUUUCAACCCAUGCCAAUGGUAGAGAAGCAGAACCUAUAUCUAACAAAUCCCCCUCCAAAAUAUUACUGAGUGCCGACAGAGAGAAGGAUGACUAGAAAUAAGUUUUCUGUAACCUCGCCCCAGAUAUUAAACAUCUUGCUGGUUUUAGCGGCAGGAAAGUUCAUUUACAUUUAAUUUUGCUUUGAAGAGAAGAUUGAUCCUUUUCAUUCAAUUAUCUAUCCUGUUGCAAUCUUGACUAAGUAAUUAUAACACAGUGGUCUAAAAAUUGAUUGUGUGUUAAGAAUAUAUCUAUCUCAAGAUUGCUAUAUUUGCAAACAGCCCAAGCAGAAAAUUGUAAAAUCAAAUAUCUUUAGGAAAUGAAUGGUUCUGUCAGACCCACAGCAUUGGUGUCCAGAUGAUCUCUGGGCGUAACCUUUAAGAAUGCUAUAUGUUGAAUGUAUGCUGAUUUUAUGAUUACAACCUGUCCACAUGGGGUAUCAAACAGAUCAUAAUGGAUGUUGCUUUUGUUGACUACUGUCAACUAUUGUCCUGGAUUUUACAUAUAUAUCUUUUUUAUGUAGUUUGAUUGUGACCUUUUUUUAGGACGCGGGAUUACACGUGGGAAUAUAUAUUACAUACAAACACAAUAUGGCACCCUUACCUGAACCUGCCUCUGCUGGGCGAGCAUAUCGAUAUCCGAGAUGAUUGUGGAAGCACAAAAAACACCCAGCGGCCAGAACUAGCCAAUUGCAUAAAGAUGGGCAAAUACUUGUAGAUGUAAUAUUUCAUGUAUACAUUUGCUAGCACAAUGUGUAUGUGAAAUGUAUUGCUACAUAAAGCACCACCAUGUAAUUUUUUUUUAUUGAAAAGCGCACAUUGACGAACAUAACUACAUUGUUAUUUUUUUUUUCCUUCAUGUUUCAAAAAAAUGGUUAAUUUUGAGUUAAUAGUUGAAUAAUCGCUUGGGCAAACCUUUAAUAAAGUUUAUUGCACUAAAAUGUUCUCAAAUGAAAUCUAUAUAUUUGAAUUGGUUUUCUCUAAAGCAGAACAGUGAUUUUGUUUUUUUGUAGUUUCUGUUUUAGGUGUAAAUUUGCAUAAACAUAUUUUGACUGCUUGUGUAA